AUGGUUGCAACGAUCUUCCAUUCGCAAUCCACAUCAGAUAAGCCGCUGCCUUACACGGCAUCGCCAUGGAGUCUCAUGUGGGAAGACAUUCUCCUUGUUGUCCGCACAUCCUGGUCCAUCCCAUGGGUGCUUCUGCCUUUGAAACAUCAGCAUUCUAAUGAAUUGGACGAGCUUUACCCCUCGUUGACCAAUAUUGCCAACGUAGUGUUCCAAGCCGUUCUGAGCUUGGUCCAGAUACUGUUCCUUCUGUCAGUACCGGUCCUUGUUAUCUGCAUGGUUCCGACCCUCUGGGUAUGCGUCUACAUUAGUGGCUUUCUGUGGCUUAACAGAACGCUAUGCAAUCUGAUCCUCAACAGAAAGCCGAGCGUUUUGGUGUCGAAGUAUCCUAAGGAGGAAGCCCCCGAGCAUAAACAUGAGCAUUGGGUUUAUAUCAACGGCAUCGCUUGUGGCCAGACCUGGCUACAGAGUAACAUUGAUCGCCUAGCAUAUACAUUCGGGAGGAAGAUUACGGGUGUGCACAAUCCAUCGUCCGGACUCGUAUUUGACAUUAUUGAGUCCUUAAUCCAGAGGGACUUUUCUUACGCAACUCGAGAUGUCAGAGAGGCAUACGCUCUGCUUAGAGCCGCUUUGCUAAAUCCGGACUAUACGAAGGUGGUCUUGAUAUCUCACAGCCAAGGGGGAAUAGAAAGUGGCCUAAUAGCAGACUGGCUCCUUGACGAGAUUCCUCAAGGCCUCCUCCGCAAACUGGAAAUCUAUACUUUUGGCAACGCCGCCAACCACUUCAAUAACCCGUACCGGGCACUCCCAGCUACCCAGAAGGAGACCGCCCCUGUCGUAUCCCCGCAGAGCCAACACCCAAGUGAGAACAGUGACAAUACUAUUCUCCACAUUGAACAUUACGCUAAUUCGAGGGAUUUUGGCUCCGGUCACCUGUUCAACCAGCACUACCUGGGCACCAUGUUUCCACUUGGUCCUGAUAAUCAGGUUCUGGAUUCAAAUUCAUUUAUGGAUACAGAGACGGACUUCCUAGGGUCUACUGUCAAUGGUUCCAAGGGUACAGGUCGACGUGUAAAGGUCCGAGAGCUCAGUCGAUUGUGGUUAUACCGAAACGGUGGCUCACCAGAGUAA